AUGGCAGGCUUCAAGAGAAGCAGCAUCUUCCCUCAAAACCCCUACCACAUCCCUGGCUAUGGGGGCUACGUUCCCCAGUUCACCUUCACCUUUGGGGACACCUAUGGAAGAACCACCCACCAUCUGCUGACAGAUCCCAGUGUCAGGAAGAGCCCUCGCUCCCUGCUGGCACCCCUGGACAACAAGGAAAACCUCCUGGAGUACCAUUACCACAUCGACCAUCCAGGAUAUGUCACCUACCAGCCCAUCACGAGCCCUGCUGAGGCGCCCCUGGGGCCGCAGCCCGUGCCCACGGUGCUGGAGGAUCCAGUGCUGACCCCCCUGGAGCCCCAGCCCUGGCAGUGCCCCCCGGCCCUGGCCGUGCCCGGGCUCCAGCAGAGCCCUCCGGAGCCGCUGCAGGGGCUGGCCCUGCACCCUGCAGCCCAGGAGAUGGACAGGGAGCUGGCCAUGGCCCCCCUGGCCCAGCUCCUGGGAAAAGGGACUGGAACCUGCCCCUGUAACUGUGCAGGCAGCAACAUGAAAAUGUUCUCUUUUGCCUCCACCCAAGGGUACACUGGAUACAUCCCCUGCUCCCUGGACAACGUUGGCUUGACCUACCUCUCAUCUGUGAAGAAAGCCAUGAAGGAAUUUGACCGUCGCCAGCUUUUGGAGAAAAAUCCACCUUAUACGUUGGGCACGAGAUUCCCCCUGACACACUGGCCGGACACCAAAAUUUACAGCCGUGCUGGACUCAUACCUAACUACUUGGGCUUCGUACCACACCUGCAGGACAUCCACGGGCUCACCUACGGGGACGGUACGCGGGAAUCGUACCGGUGUGAACAGAGGAGACGGGGUCUUGCACUGUGA